GCCGCCUAACAAAUCAGUCUCGUGAACGAAUUGUGUAAAUAGUCAUAAAUUUAUGCAGUACGAAGUUGUACACAUUCUUCUUUUUUGAUUUCAUAAGGCACCAGGCAAUUAAAAGAGAAAUUUACUUACACACAACGCGAAAAGUUCAGUGAGCACACAUUUGAAAAAUGGUUGUUUGCGGCCAACAAUAUGGUUUAAAGGCGUUGCGCCAAGCACAUUUACAUCGAUUCUGGUCGAUUGGUACAAAACGCUAUUCAACAAAACAAGUUCAAUACAAACCGAUUCGUUCGGUGCUCGUGGCCAACAGAGGAGAAAUUGCAAUUCGAGUGUUUCGAGCAUGUAACGAAUUGGGUAUCAGGUCUGUGGCCAUUUACAGUGAACAGGAUAAAAUGCUCAUGCACAGACAGAAAGCUGAUGAAUCAUACUUGGUUGGAAAAGGUUUGGCUCCAGUUGAAGCAUAUUUGAGCAUUUCGGAAGUGAUUCGUGUGUGCAAAGAGAACGAUGUCGAUGCAGUGCAUCCAGGUUAUGGUUUUCUAUCGGAACGUAGUGAUUUUGCCCAAGCAGUAAUCGAUGCAGGACUUCGAUUCAUUGGUCCAUCACCAUAUGUUGUGCAACAAAUGGGUGACAAAGUGGCCGCUAGAAAGGCAGCAAUUGAUGCUGGCGUUCCAAUUGUCCCAGGUACCGAUGCACCAGUGACAAGCGCAACAGAAGCCCUUGAUUUUUGUAAACAAUAUGGUUUGCCCGUCAUAUUCAAAGCGGCUUAUGGUGGUGGUGGUCGUGGUAUGCGUGUCGUUCGUAAAAUGGAUGAAGUUGAAGAAAUGUUCAAUCGUGCAAGUUCUGAAGCUAAAUCAGCCUUUGGAAAUGGUGCUAUGUUUAUUGAAAAGUUUAUUGAACGUCCACGGCAUAUUGAAGUACAAUUGUUGGGAGAUAAAGCCGGAAAUGUGGUGCAUUUGUAUGAACGUGAUUGUUCUGUACAACGUCGUCACCAGAAAGUCGUUGAAAUUGCACCCGCUCCACGGUUGCCAAUUGAUGUACGAGAUCGAAUGACAGCGUGCGCCGUUAAGUUGGCCCAACAUGUUGGCUAUGAAAAUGCCGGUACCGUUGAAUUCUUGGCGGAUGAUAAAGGCAAUUUCUACUUUAUUGAAGUAAAUGCUCGAUUGCAAGUCGAACACACGGUUACAGAAGAGAUAACUGGUAUUGAUUUAGUCCAAUCACAAAUUCGUGUUGCCGAAGGCAUUACGUUGCCCGAAAUGGGAUACACACAAGAUAAAAUUCGAGUUGAUGGUUAUGCUAUUCAAUGUCGUGUCACCACUGAAGAUCCUGCCAAUGAUUUCCAACCGAAUACAGGUCGUUUAGAAGUGUUCCGUUCCGGUGAGGGUAUGGGUAUUCGUUUGGAUGGUGCAAGUGCUUAUGCUGGCGCCAUAAUUAGCCCAUACUACGAUUCGUUGUUAGUAAAAGUCAUUUCACAUGCAAACGAUUUACAGGCAUCAGCUGCCAAAAUGAAUCGUGCACUUCGUGAAUUCCGUAUUCGUGGUGUUAAAACCAACAUUCCAUUUUUACUUAACGUUUUGGAAAAUCAAAAAUUCUUGAACGGCGUUCUUGAUACCUACUUCAUCGAUGAACAUCCACAAUUAUUCAAAUUCCAACAAACACAAAACAGAGCACAAAAAUUACUCAACUACUUGGGACAAGUUCUAGUCAAUGGAGCACAAACACCAUUAGCAACAUCAUUAAAACCAGCUGAUGUUGAUCCACAUGUUCCUGAGGUGCCAUUGGAUUUGUCGCCGAAGGCAAUUGAAGAUGAGGAAAGAGGAAUACGUAAAGUGACCGAGCCACCAAAGGGAUUGCGUGACAUUUUGGUGAAAGAUGGUCCAAAGGCAUUUGCCAAAGCUGUUCGUGAUCGUAAAGAAUUGUUGUUGAUGGACACAACAUUCCGUGAUGCUCAUCAAUCUUUGUUGGCGACCCGUGUUCGAACCCAUGAUCUUCUUAAAAUUUCACCAUUCGUUGCACACAAAAUGAACAAUUUGUAUUCGUUGGAAAAUUGGGGCGGUGCUACAUUUGAUGUUUCGUUGCGAUUUUUGCACGAAUGUCCAUGGGAACGUUUGGCCGAGAUGAGGUCGCGCAUUCCAAAUAUUCCGUUCCAAAUGUUGUUGCGUGGAGCAAACGCUGUCGGCUACACCAAUUAUCCAGACAAUGUUGUAUUCAAAUUCUGUGAUUUAUCUGUGCAAACCGGAAUGGAUAUUUUCCGUGUGUUUGAUUCAUUGAACUAUCUGCCGAACUUAAUUUUGGGCAUGGAAGCUGCCGGCAAAGCAGGUGGUGUCGUUGAAGCAGCAAUUUCUUACACUGGCGAUGUUAGCGAUCCAAAGAAAACAAAAUACAAUUUGAAAUACUACACAGAUUUAGCCGAUGAAUUAGUGAAAGCCGGAACACAUGUGCUUUGCAUCAAAGAUAUGGCUGGUUUAUUGAAACCACGUGCUGCCAAAUUGUUGGUGAGUGCAAUUCGUGCAAAUCAUCCAAGUGUACCAAUUCAUAUUCAUACACAUGAUACAUCUGGAGCUGGUGUUGCUAGUAUGUUGGCAUGUGCCGAGGCCGGUGCCGAUGUUGUCGAUGUGGCUGUUGACUCAAUGAGUGGUAUGACCAGCCAGCCAAGCAUGGGCGCUAUUGUUGCUUCAUUGCAAGGGUCACCACUUGAUACGAAAUUCAAUUUGGGUGAUAUUUCUGAAUAUUCCGCAUACUGGGAACAAACACGUACAUUGUAUGGACCAUUUGAAUGUGCAACAACAAUGAAAUCUGGAAAUGCUGAUGUGUACAUGAACGAAAUUCCCGGUGGCCAAUACACAAAUCUACAGUUCCAAGCUUACUCACUUGGUUUGGGUGAUUUCUUCGAAGAUGUUAAAAAAUCAUACGCUGAUGCCAAUCAAUUGCUUGGCGACAUCAUUAAAGUGACACCAUCAUCAAAAGUCGUUGGUGAUUUGGCACAAUUUAUGGUUCAAAACAAAUUGAAGGCACAAGAUGUUAUCGAUAAAGCCGAAGAAUUAUCGUUCCCAAAAUCGGUGGUUGAAUUUUUACAAGGUGCCAUUGGUAUUCCAUAUGGAGGUUUCCCGGAACCACUUCGUUCACGUAUUCUCAAAGAUAUGCCACGUAUUGAAGGACGACCGGGUGCAUCUUUGGAACCAUUUGAUUUCAAAAAAUUGACCGAUGAAAUUCAUGAAACAUGGCCCAAAGCAACUGAACACGAUGUUAUGUCAGCAGCACUCUAUCCAGAAGUUACCAAAGACUAUUUGAAUUUCCGUGAAAGCUAUGGACCCGUCGACAAGUUGAACACACGUAUUUUCUUAACUGGACCAAAAGUUGGCGAAGAAUUCGAAGUGACUAUCGAAAAGGGAAAAACGCUUGGAAUCAAAGCGCUCGCUUUAGCCGAUGAUCUUACACCCAAUGGAGAAAAAGAAGUCUUCUUCGAAUUGAAUGGUCAAUUGCGAUCAGUAUUCAUCCGUGACAAAGAAGCUACAAAGGAAUUGCACAUUCAUCCCAAAGCCACCAAAGGAAACAAAAAUGAAGUUGGCGCGCCGAUGCCAGGAACAGUUAUUGAUGUUCGUGUUAAAGAAGGAGAUCACGUAGAAAAAGGACAACCACUUGUCGUUUUAUCAGCUAUGAAAAUGGAAAUGGUCGUACAAGCUCCAAUAGCCGGAACAGUUAAAAAAUUGGAAAUUAGCAAUGGCAUGAAGUUGGAAGGCGAAGAUCUUAUUCUCACCAUGGAAUAAAUUUCAUCACACAUAAUUUUUAUUAUUAUCAUGUGCAACCAAAAUCAACAUGUUAUUCGUGUAAAUAACCGUUUGAGUCGAAAUUGAAGCAUUUCUUCUGAUAUAUGUACCUAUCAUCACUUUUUUUAUUCGUUUAAUUUCAAAAUAUUCUUCUAUCAUACACAUUCGUAAUUAAUACCAAUAUUAUAUGUAGUGAACACAAAUUGUUAAUUUUGUUCAAAUCAUCGCGCUAUUAUUGUGCAUCAAGAAAAUCAAAAUGGCCAUUUGAAUGAGUCUUAAACAAUUUUUUUUUUAUUUAUGUCAAACAUUUUUUUAUUACAAGUUAGA